AUGGCAGGCGGCGCUCUCCACGCCACCGACAACAUCGAGCAUACCGAGGCUCCUGUCACUCUCAAAGCUUACCUCCUUUGCGCAUUCGCCUCUUUCGGUGGUAUCUUCUUUGGUUAUGACUCUGGGUACAUCAACGGUGUCAAUGGCUCCGCCGAGUUCAUUCGCCUAAUCGAGGGCCCUGGCGUCGACAAGCUUCAAUCUUCCCACCAAUCUCUGAUCGUCUCUAUCCUCUCUGCUGGUACUUUCUUUGGCGCUAUUAUCGCUGGCGAUGUCGCUGACCGAAUUGGACGUAAAUGGACUGUCAUUGGAGGCUGCGUGAUCUACAUGAUCGGUGUUAUCAUUCAGAUGCUCACUGGUGUUGGCGGAAGUGCCCUUGGUGUUAUCGUUGGUGGUCGUGUCAUUGCUGGUAUCGGAGUCGGUUUUGAGAGUGCCAUUGUCAUUCUCUACAUGUCUGAAAUUUGCCCAAAGAAAGUCCGUGGUGCUCUCGUCGCAGGCUACCAGUUCUGCAUUACCAUUGGUCUCCUCCUCGCUUCCUGCGUCGUUUAUGCCUGCGAGAACAAGACCGGCCCCGAGUCUUACCGUAUCCCAAUCGGCAUCCAGUUCGCCUGGGCAGUCAUCCUUGCCGGUGGUCUUUUAUUCCUUCCAGACUCCCCACGUUACUUCGUCAAGAAGGGCAGACUCGAAGAUGCCAGCAGAUCUCUGCAAAGACUCCGUGGUCAGCCAGCCGAGUCCGAGUACAUCCAGAAUGAGCUUGCUGAGAUUAUCGCCAACGAGGAGUACGAGCGAAGUGUCAUCCCCAGUGCUGGCUUCAUUGACAGCUGGGCAAACUGCUUCAAGGGUUCUCUUUUCAAGCAAUCCUCCAAUGUCCGCCGAACCAUCUUGGGAACUUCUCUGCAGAUGAUGCAACAAUGGACUGGUGUCAACUUCAUCUUCUACUACUCCACCCCAUUCUUGCAAUCCACCGGCGCUAUCAGCAACACCUUCUUGAUCUCCCUCAUCUUCACCCUCGUCAACGUCUGCUCCACCCCUCUUUCCUUCUGGGCUGUUGAGAAGCUCGGUCGUCGUCCCCUCCUCGUUUGGGGUGCAUUGGGCAUGUUGAUCUGCCAGUUCCUUGUCGCCAUCAUCGGUGUCAGCGUCGGUUUCAACCACACCCACCCAGAUGCCAACGGUGACCCAAUCGCAGACAACAUCUCCGCUGUCAACGCCCAGAUCGCCUUCAUUGCUAUCUUCAUCUUCUUCUUCGCUACCACCUGGGGUCCCGGAGCUUGGAUUCUCAUCGGUGAAAUCUUCCCUCUGCCCAUCCGCUCCCGUGGUGUCGGUCUCUCCACUGCUUCUAACUGGCUCUGGAACACUAUCAUCGCAGUCAUCACCCCCUACAUGGUUGGUGAGGAGCACGGCAACCUUAAAUCCUCCGUCUUCUUCGUCUGGGGAGGUCUCUGCACUGCUGCCUUCGUCUACUCAUACUUGUUGGUUCCUGAGACCAAGGGUCUUUCUCUUGAGCAGGUCGACCGCAUGAUGGAGGAGUCGUCCCCACGUACUUCUGCCAAGUGGGUUCCUCACGAGACAUUUGCGUCGGCGAUGGGUGUUGGUGGUCACACUGAUGACAAGCCCGUUGUUGAGCAUGAUAUUGAGAAGAGAACCUACUAA